AACGACACUGCAAGGUUGUUGUUGUAACUCAUGGAUGACACUUCGUCUUUAGCUGUCGAUCGACAAGGUCGAAUGUCGGCUGAUCAUAUCGAAGAUGUCCUCGAUGCUAAAGAGCUACAAUCGGUGGCUGCAUUUCGAGAAGCACUCAUCGCGGCCGAUCUAUUGCCUGCUAAACAUGAUGAUCAUCAUAUGAUGCUAAGAUUUCUUAAGGCCAGGAAAUUUGAUCAAGAUAAAGCAAAGCAAAUGUGGGCUGAUAUGCUCCAAUGGAGGAAGGAUUUUGGGACUGACACAAUCAUGGAGGAUUUCGAUUUUGAGGAAUACGAUGAGGUGAUUAAGUAUUAUCCUCAAGGAUAUCACGGAGUCGAUAAAGGUGGACGACCGGUUUAUAUCGAAAGACUCGGACAAGUCAAUGCGAACAAGCUAACUCAAGUAACAACGAUUGACCGUUAUCUGAGGUACCAUGUGAAGGACUUUGAAAGGACCUUGAAUGUUAAGUUUCCUGCUGCAUCUGUUGCAGCGAAAACCUACAUUACUCAGAACACGACUAUAUUGGAUGUCGAAGGAGUGGGGCAUAAGAGCUUCAACAAGGGGGCGAAAGAUCUCUUUCAGCGCCUUCAGAAGAUCGAUGGUGACAAUUAUCCCGUGACUCUUAACCACAUCUAUAUCAUCAAUGCUGGUUCUGGAUUUAGGCUGUUAUGGAGCACAGUUAAAUCGUUCCUUCACCCGAACACCACUACAAAAAUCCAUGUAAGCAUAGAUCACCAAAUCUUUUUUGUGAUCUUUAACGGUGAACUGCCUGAGUUUUUUGGUGGUACCUGCAAUUGUGCAGACAAAGGAGGUUGCAUGGUUUCUGAUAAGGGUCCAUGGAACGAUCCAGAAAUACUAAAGAGAGUCGAAAAUGGCGAGGCCAAGAGCACAGGGAGAACUCUAUCAGGCAUCAUCAAUGAGAAAGCACACCGAGAGCUUCAUUCCUCCGACAAAGAAAUAGCGAUGGACAGCACUGAAUGGCCCUCGGAGAAUCCUUCAUCGUCUCCGGUUCGAGGAACUCCAAUCAAGAAAAUGUACCAAGAUUCCUGUGACUAUGAUCAACUUAUUCCUAUAGUUGACAAGGGUGUGGAUGCUUCUUGGCCUAAACCAGUGGAAAACGAAAAGUUCGCCUUCUCGAAAGAUAUAUACCAGGUGCACAAUAGUAGAAAAUCUAGUGAAGGAACGGGAAGCGGCAUUCUCGGACGAAUCAUGGCGUUCGUGAUAAGAAUCAUAACCCUGAUUCGAAUGUCCCGUCGCAUGCCGAAGAAACAAAGCGAAGCCCCCGUGUAUGGUGGUGGUCAAGUUUGCUGUGCUAAGCAAGUUACAGGCCCUGAGUCUCAGUUGCCACCGCCGAUCACUAACAAGGAAUUGUUCGCCAUGGCCGAACUCGAAGAGAGAGUGUUUCUCCUCAGCGCGAAACCAUCCGUCAUGCCACCCGACAAAGAACUAUCCGAAGCCAAGAAGGCACUUGAGGAUGCUUGGUAA